GCCCGCGACAAAUUAUUGGAUAUUGGAUCACCAACACAUCAGAAUCGUCGCUAAACACAGGAUAACCAUUUUACUACAGGUCCUAAAUUGAAGAAAAAGGGAUUGUUUCAUUCUAAUUUUUCGACAAAGUAUAUGUAAUUGAUAGUAGUUGUUUCAGUGAUUUGCUGCCUAUUUGGCAAUCUCAAGGUCUCUCAUAGUCAUUCUGGUGUUUUUUUUUCAAACCUCACGACCUACUAUCGUCUUCGUGGCUGUGAGUUACUGUCAUAGUUAUAGAGUACAUUUUCAUUAUGAAGUCACUGGAAAACCCAGACUUAUAAGUUCACAUAAGUUUCAGUCACUUCUUUCAUUGUUAUGACGUUGUCAUUUUCAAUUUGUUUUAAGCGUGUUAACUUUCUCACGCCAGCGGUUUCUGAAGCGACCUAUGAAUAUAGUUUCCUUAAUCUAUGCUUAUUUUUGUAGUAACAUUGGAACUGUCCCAGCACCGUGAACCCACAAGCUUAUGCAAAAUAACAGACAAUUCAGCGCGAACGCAAAUAUCAGCUGCAUGAAUAACUUACGUGACAAUUGUCACAAACUUGUAGGCAAUCAAAGCAGAAGGAUACUUGGGACAGGUUUAUACUGAUGCGUAAAAACGCCAUGUUGUUUUAAAACUUAGCUUGUGUUAUUAAUUACUAAAGUUGGAUAAAAUCACUGGACGACAUUUCUUUGUUUUCUAUUUCCAUUAAGCUUAGUUAAUUCAAAAGAGACUAAUUGCUCAAUGGUUACGAAUGCGAAGCAUCUCACUGAGGCUGCAUAAUCAGAAAACUUUGGUGAAAUAUGGGCAAACGUGAGAAAAAUGUAGGGGAAAUACUACUAUAUUUUAGUUUAGCUUUACGUUCCCAGGACUUGAAAACAAGAUGGAUGUUCUAUCCAAUUAAAAGUGAUAAAAAAGAUAGUUACAAAGAACAGUAUUAAAAACAGAAUUUCUACGUAUAUAUAUAAGUGUAAAUUCGUAGUAAGAACACGUAGUAAUUUGUUGAAUUUUCUAUUAAAUGUUUACAUUGAAUGUUUUGGUAGGACUGUAGUUUUUGUAUGAUCUUUAGGGGACUCUCAAGUGGUCUUGAGACAACUUACUAACUUUCAAGCGUCCAAAGAGAGUUAUAAAUCAAUGUAAGGAAUAUGAAUGUAGAGACUAGGUCUUGGAGCUAGAAUUUAGGGUUGUGAAUUAAUAUAAGGGUUUUCUUCACUAAGUGGCUUCAAUCCUAGUGUCAAUGUUCUGUUAAAUUGUAUGGAUGAAUGAGAUUCACACCAAAAUCCCAAACUUGACAUUCUUAAUUUCAUUUGUUCGUUUAUAGAUUAUAGGUUCCUUAAUGGACUCUUCAAUAACCCUUUACAAAUUUAUAGAUAUUCAUGUACAGUUUGCCUGUGGUUAUGUGGAGGUAAAUAAAUCCUCACAAUAAAUAGUUCUCUUUACUGGACAUAUCUAGCUGAAGGCGCUCGGUCACGUAUCCGCACCAGAUUACGAGUGGGUUGAAAAUGAGUGAUGGUGAUUUCAUCCCUGAAUAUAAAGCAACCGAUAUCGCCACUAAGUUGUCUGAUGAAUUUCAUCACACUUUUGGUGAAAAAUGCAGUUUUGUAGUUCGAGCUCCUGGUCGAGUAAAUCUUAUUGGUGAACAUAUUGAUUAUAAUGGUUAUCCUGUACUACCGAUGGCGUUAGAACAAGCAGUUUAUAUUUCUGUGGGUCCAACAUCUGGAUCUGAUUUGGAUAAGAUCGUUCUUAGAAGCACAGAUAUUCAAUACAGGCCUGUUAAGAUUUCGAUUACAGAAGCCAUUACAUUUGGUUGUGAAGGGUCGCCUGACUCACCUGAAUGGUUUCAUUAUUUUCAGUGCGCAUAUCGAGGAAUAAAAGACUAUGUAGACAAGUCGAAUUUGGAUUGGACUCCUCCUAGUAUAAAUAUUCUAGUUGGUGGUGUUGAAUACGGUGGUUUAUGGCCGGCUGCUGGUCUUUCAAGCAGUAGCGCUUUCGUAGUUGCUUCUGCCAUAGCAAUUAUGCGAAUAUCUGGUUUACAAAUAAGUAGACAUGAAUUAGCAAGUUUAUGUGCGAAAUGUGAGCAAUAUAUUGGUAUGCAAGGUGGUGGGAUGGAUCAAGCUGCGAGUGUUCUAGCAGUUGAAAAUAAUGCUCUAAUGAUUGAGUUUACCAAACCAUUUGUCACAGUCAGUCCUAUACAAUUACCAUCUGACAUGGUUUUUGUGAUAGCUCAUUCGGGUGUACACGCUCGGAAAGCUGCUACAUCAUAUUAUAACGAACGUGUGGCAGAAUGUCGAUUAGCGGCUAAAAUAUUAGCUCGAAAUAGCCCGCAUAUAACUGAACCUUCUAGAUAUUCAUCCAUUGCACCCUUAUGUCUCAGCGAUGCACAAAAGUUAUGGAAAGCAGUUUCACCUGAUGAAAUGAUACGCAUUCAAAAGGAUGGAUUAUCAAUUGUAACUAGAUAUCUACCAAGCGGUAUUACUAGUCUACAAAAUCUCUGUAAUUUAGGUUUGACUAGUCCAAUUAUUGAAGGAUGCUUAACGGAAAAUACUAAAACAAUGAACCAUUUCUAUUUAAGAGAUCGUGCAGAACAUGUAUACUCUGAAGCUGAACGGGUUUUUAAAUUUUAUAAUAUAUGCAAAAAGAUAUUUAGUAUUGAUGAUUCACAAACGAAUUCUAUUAAUUAUAUGCAGUUGUUAGGAGAUUUAAUGAAUCAAAGUCAAUUAUCUUGUGCUAAUCUUUAUCAGUGUUCUUGUCGUGAAUUGGAUAAAUUAAUAAGUGUUUGCAGAACAGCCGGUGCUUUUGGCAGUCGUCUAACUGGAGCUGGUUGGGGUGGCUGCACUGUAUCAUUAGUGAAAAAAUCUAAUGCUGAGCAAUUCAUUGCAAAAGUACGCGAAGAAUUCUAUAAUGUGAUUGAUGGUAACAGCAAUAACGACUUGAUAUUCGUUAGUCAGCCAGGUCGUCCAGCUGGAAUAAUGGUUAUUCAAUGAAUAAAGUGAUUCCUUUUGCUAACGCUUUAUUAUUAAAACUUUUUUUCAUUUACUUUUGUGAUUGAUUUAAUUUUUUAAUUUUAUUUGUUAUAAUUUGAUUUGUUUCCACUUAGAUUAUACAAUAAAAUGUUUGUUUGUUUAUCUGAAAAGAGCUUGUCCCGCUUAUCCUGGUUGGGUGUAUAUGUAGGUUAAUGGAUCAUUAUUUGGUCUGUUCUGUGCCCCCGUUUUUCAUUUGUUUAUCAAGUGAUGUCAGUACAUCGCGAAAAGUAUUUUCCUAUUGAGCUUAUCGCCAUAAACCAAUCGUUUAAUCUAUAUGGUCAGAAUGCUAAAAAUUGAUAGUUGCACUAUUUGUGCAAUAGACCCUCUGUCUAUCACAUUAAAGCAGAUUUAUUGACUAAAUCUAAGGUAUCAUUCGGAAGUAGUUCUUCUUUUUCUUUCCCGGUUUUUUAGUCAAAUAAGAUUAUUUUCACUUGUUCUCGAAGCCUGUUUAUAUCUUGCUGUUGUUAUGUAAGAUUUGUACAGGAUAAUUCCUCUAUAUGACUCGAAAGUUCGAUGUCCCACUAGCUGUGUAUUUUAGUAGACAAGUGUUUAAUCAAACUCAUAAAUUUCUAAAUUACAGUAAGUAGGUAAUAAAAAAUAUAAUAGUCUUACGAUAGAUUUAACACUGUGUACUGAGUCAAUAGUUCAGGUCAAACACUGUAAAUUGUCUGGGUAUUUUUCUGCAAUAAUAUAUGCUAUUGGACGUUCUAUAGCCGGAUGAUAUCGUCAUCAACGCCGAGUACACAUAAGAAAGUCAAGUACACCUAAGUUGUGUAACUAUUAAUACAACAAUUCUUGUCGAUCUCGAGAGUUAUGAUUUUAUCAGCAAUCGUUAUUGAAUAAUACCAAGAAAACGUAUGUUAUUAUGUGAACGUAAUCCUUUAUUUUUAAAAAUUAAAUUUCCAGUCUAGUUGGAAUCGACAUUAGUAUUUAUUUAUAAUAAUUCUAAUGAUCAUAUUCAUGUCUGAAUUAAUGCUCCAAGAAUAUGCUCAGAAUAAGGGCAAAUAAUUUUAACACCAGCUACACUGAACAGUGCAACAGAAGGAUUUAAACUUAUAAAAAUUGCUACUCAUAUUCAAUGAUUGAAUAAGAUGAUAUUAAGACUGUCAUAGAAAGUAAGUAGCGAAUAAUAAUUAUGGAUUUAUUCUCUAAUUAAUCCCUAUGAUAUUCUGAAUUCAUUUUCCAUUCCGUCUUUAAAUACAGAUAAUUUUUGUACAAUAACGGUAGGAAACUUCUUAUUCACUUUCCGAACCUAAUCUAAUCUAGAAUGUAAAGGUAACUUUUUGUCGGAGGAUCUAUUUUAUUCAACAAAGAAAACUGGUUAAUUGUUUUUUAUAUGCUGUCGAAACAUAAGGUUCUUGCUAGUUGGCACUCAUUAGCGAGGCAUAUCUGUAUGGUGUGCAUAAAUUAUAACGACAUAAUAUACUAUUUACUCUUCUUUAGUAAUGGUUCUGAUCCUGUAAACAUCAUUUUUACAGUAUAUACAAACGUACUGCAGAUAGGUAAUUAAUGCACCACGAUUUCAUCUCACAAACUGAAAUCGUUGAUUAAACCUGUUCACUUUUACCUCUGGUUAGAACAAUCAGGGAAUCUUUAGUUUGAUUUAAUCCUUAAUAACUAUUGGUAAGUAGUAAUUUCAAUGGUAUAAAAUUGUUACUAUUCGGUCUAUCACUUCGUAACUUACCUCCUCAUAUUCAGUUCUUAAUGGACAUAAUGUAGACGGCAAUAGCUAUUGUACUUUUGAACAGACAUUUUUUAGGAUCAAUUUGUAUUUCUAAUCUUAGCUAAACACAUGACAUCUUAGUAAAUAUUGAAAAUAUCGUGGACAGAUCAUUUAAACAUUGGGAUUUUACUAGGUUGACAAUCUGGAAAGCCUGCCAGCUAACUAAGCAAACAGUAUUUUAUAUAUAAAUUAAAUGAGCACAAGACAUACUACUAUUUCAUUUUCGUGAAGUUGUAAACAGUUUAUUACUGCUGUUGCGUCACAUAAUUGACUAAUUCAUUAGUGUAAAGAAGGAUUUAUGUUUGGAUAAAGAUAAAUUGAUAUUUUGUAUUUUUAAGUGUUAGAUUUGUGUUAACACGAAUGUGUCAGGAUCGAGAAUCAUAAUCCAAAGGUAGAAAGCUGCUCAUUGUUACAUUACAUUUUGGGUUUCUUUGAGAUGGGCGGAGUAAAAGCGAGCGAAAUUCAAAAUUUCACCAUAUUGCCAACAUAAAUUUCAACAUUACUCACCUUUUUCAAAAACAGUUGUAUAUUUCCACCGCUCCCCAAAUCUAUGCUUCUCUUAUUGAAAUUUCAACAAUCUAUUCAGAUUUCGUAAAAGGAGAAAUCUUCAAAGAUCAACCGAAUGUACUUUUCACAAAAUCUUCAACAAUAAACAAUCAAGUUCUUUCAUUUAUCACGUACAACCAACAGGUGGACGGAUAUUAUGAACAAUGGAUGUGUGUCCAUCCAACUAAGCAGCUUGUAGCCACAUAGUGAAGUAAUCCGAAGGGCUAAAUUGUUUUUCGUCUAUCGACCUAUAAUUUUAGCAUAUAUGGAAAUGAUUCUGUUUGAUAAUUUUGACAAAUUUAUAAGAUAUUUUAUUUAACCAUAUAACUUGUCAUGUCAAUGUUCACAUUUAACGUCUUCUUUGAGGUUAGCCUACAGUUUGUUUUUCAAUUUUCGAUGCGUUCAUCUAGAUGAUCAUGUAUUCUAUAACAAAGCUGCACACGAAAUUUUAAGCACAAUUUUGUUAUCAUUGUAUUCCAAUGUUCUGGCUCUUUCUGAGUUCCAUGAAAUUUAGAACCACACAUUUAUUUUGAGCAAACGUCAUCUAUUCACAAAGCAUUGAUAUGAG